GCACGAAAUCUGCUAUACCAAACAAUGGCUGUCGACUCUACCAUCACCACAAUGGCAGCAUCCAUCCCCGCGGAGGUUUCUUUGGACGAGAGCGGAAGCAUUAAGCUUUUCAACAAGUUCCCCUUUGAGGGUGUUGAGGUGAAGGACAUUUCCUUGGUUGACUACAUCACCAUUGGAAAUGGCCAACCCCUUCCCCACACUGCUGGUCGCUUCCAAACCAAGCGUUUCCGCAAGGCCCGCUGCUUCAUUGUCGAGCGUUUGGCUAACAGCUUGAUGAUGAACGGCCGUAACAACGGUAAGAAGCUCUUGGCUGCUCGUAUUGUCAAGCACGCUUUCGAGAUCAUCGCUCUUUUGACCGACCAAAACCCUCUCCAAGUUUUGGUUGACGCCGUUGCUGCCUGUGGUCCUCGUGAGGACUCUACCCGUAUUGGUAGUGCCGGUACCGUCCGUCGCCAAGCUGUCGAUGUCUCUCCCCUUCGUCGUGUCAACCAAGCUAUUGCUUUGAUCACCAUUGGUGCUCGUGAGGCUGCUUUCCGCAACGUCAAGUCCAUCUCUGAGUGCUUGGCUGAGGAGAUCAUUAACGCCGCCAAGGGUUCUUCCAACUCUUACGCCAUUAAGAAGAAGGAUGAGCUCGAGCGUGUCGCCAAGAGCAACCGUUAAGGUGGCUAGCUUUCUUCUGUCCGUGUCAUUGGCUAUAUUUAUAUGUAGUCUACGUUAAAAUGGAAGCUGUCGGUAAAAAAGAACAUUUUGUAAACGAGGAAAAAAAGAAAGGAGAUAGUAAAGGCGAGUG